GUAAUCACGUGAAAUGUCUAAGACGCUGUAUAGACAGUGGAGUUAGUUUCUGUACCUCUCUCGCUACUCAACUAACCAAAUAUUAGUAGUAGUUUAUAAGUAGUUUUUUUCUGUUAUUAUUUUACGAGCCUCGACCAGCCUCUUCAGGUGAUAACGCAUCAGAUGACCCGUCGGUAGUAUAAUCGUAACCGAAUGAUAUUGCAUGUUUUGUGGGCCUGCCAGUUAACGUUAGCUAGCAUCAGCAUGUUUGUGGGGGCUUAAACACAGCAAGCAAUGGACCUGUCCGCUCGCUAGCUAUCUAAAUCAAUUGUAAGUGAUACGAACAGAAAGCCUGCUGAAGAGGGCCAAAGUCAGACUGACUAGAUUUCAACAUUCUGCAAACUGAAAGAUUAAGGGGAUGUCAAGCACAGCCAUGAAGAAAAAGGUGUUGCUGAUGGGCAAGAGUGGGUCUGGGAAGACGAGCAUGAGAUCGAUCAUCUUUGCCAACUACAUAGCCCGAGACACACGCCGCCUUGGAGCCACGAUUGAUGUGGAGCACUCCCAUGUGCGAUUCCUUGGCAAUCUGGUUUUGAACUUGUGGGACUGUGGAGGACAAGACACUUUCAUGGAGAACUACUUUACCAGCCAGAGAGACAACAUAUUCAGGAACGUGGAGGUACUGAUCUAUGUGUUCGAUGUGGAGAGCCGUGAGCUAGAGAAGGACAUGCAUUACUACCAGUCCUGUCUGGAGGCGAUCCUCCAGAACUCCCCCGACGCCAAGGUCUUCUGCCUGGUGCACAAAAUGGAUCUGGUUCAGGAGGACCAGAGAGACCUGAUCUUUAAGGAGCGUGAAGAGGACCUGAGGCGUCUGUCCAGGCCUUUGGCUUGCACCUGCUUCAGAACAUCAAUCUGGGAUGAAACACUGUACAAGGCAUGGUCCAGUAUUGUUUACCAGCUGAUCCCCAAUGUACAGCAGCUGGAGACAAACCUGCGUAACUUUGCCCAGAUCAUUGAGGCAGACGAAGUGCUUCUGUUUGAGAGAGCCACUUUUCUGGUAAUCUCUCACUACCAGUGCAAAGAGCAGCGUGAUGCUCACCGCUUUGAGAAGAUCAGCAACAUCAUCAAACAGUUCAAGCUCAGUUGUAGUAAACUGGCAGCCUCCUUCCAGAGCAUGGAGGUGAGGAACUCCAACUUUGCGGCCUUCAUUGAUGUCUUCACCUCUAAUACAUAUGUUAUGGUGAUCAUGUCGGACCCCUCCAUACCCUCUGCAGCCACACUCAUUAACAUCCGCAACGCCAGGAAACACUUUGAGAAGCUGGAGCGUCUGGAUGGACCAAAGCACAGCCUGACCAUGCGUAUGCGCUAAGCACUGCAUCUGGACCAGGGGGUGCCAGCCAGCUGAACCAAUCAGUCCACAGACAGCUAACUACAGGCUGUGGUCCAGCCUUGACCAACGCAUAUGAGCAGCCCUGCACUGUGCUACCCUGUCUCACUCAAUCACAUGUUUUUCCUACAGAAGAUUCUGUUUUCCUUUAAGUCAAAUCUUUGUUGAUCUCAUGUAUCAUGAACUGUGAUGCUUUUCUCAGACAUGUCAGAUUAAAAAAAAAUCUAUAUAGAAAAAUCUAUUAAAUGCUCAUAUUUUACUGUUAGGGGAUACCAAUGCUGUCUUGGUCUGUCACAGUCACUGUAAAUGGUAAGCACAGUAUGUUGAUUAAAAAAGGAGCCUCAGAAAUUAUUUUCUGCUUUGCAUAGUCAAGUGACUAUCUUUACAAUGAUCUGCUGUUGUCAAGGCUAGUGUUACGUUACUAUGUGGAUGUGAUGAGUGCUACCUCACCAUGCCAUCUCAUGUAGUCAAGGCUUUGAUGCUGAAUUCUAUGAAUCAGGGCAAUAAAACCCUGUUCCUGGUGAGCUAUGGUGCUGUAGGUUUUCACUCCAAACCCUAAUAUAGCACACCUGUUUCUAACAAUUAGCUGGUUGAUAAUCUGAACCAGAUUAGUAACAAAUGGGGUUGGAGCAAAAACCUACAGAAGGGUAUUGCUCCAGGAACAUGGUUUGAGACCUGUCAUCAAUGCUUUGAGGUGAUGGAAACUGGUGGGGGGGUGGGAUAUGGGUGUGAGCUCAACAAAUACAGUAUCUCACACACUGUUGAACACUGGAAAACACUUUGUGAAGACUUUAAACCUGGAAUAGUGCAUUCAUGCAUAAAUAAAACAUAUUUAGAAAUAA